AUGCCAGAAGACGUCGAUUUUCCCUUGCCCUAUCUGGCAACUUCUAUCUUGUUUAUGGUAUCCACAUUCGGAUUCGUUAUCAGCUUCUAUCUUCUUGUCAAGUUCCUAACCAGAAAAGGAAGAUUGUCAAGCUUCCAAAAACUUUGUCUAGCCAAAACUUUCCCAAAUGUCAUUGUUUGUUCAUCAUUCCUUCUCUGGGUGAUCCCGUUAUCAAUUAUCCAGCCAUUGGAAGUUUCACGUCUUCCGAAUGUAGUUGUCGGCCAAGUGGCUGGAGCAGGUGCUUACAUUAUGGGUACUGUCAUAUGUUCUCCCAUUUUCAUAGGACAAUUUUCGGGUCCAUUGAUUCAGCUGUGUAUGUCUGCCAAUCGGUGUUUCAUUUUGUAUUUUCCACUAAAGAAUUAUAUAGUUGACAAGAGGUCGUCAACAAAUUUAGCUAUUUCUGUAGCAAUUAUCGUAUCUAUCAUAUUUACAUGUGUGGGUCUUCCUGAUGAAUGCGGUUAUAUCUAUGAUCCAAAAGUCUUCACAUGGACUUCCGAAUCAUAUUCAUGUGCAGAGUUUCAACUGAAUGUUCUCUUGUGUUCCGUUUUCACUCUGGCAAUUAUGUCCAACAGUUUGAACUUUAUAACAGCUAUGAAACUGUUGUUUUGCAAUAGUUUCGAAUUAGGAAUGAAUCAAGCUUAUACUUCAAGAAGGAGAAGAAGGCGAAUAAUGAUGUUCAUUCAGAACGUUGUUCAAGAUUGUCUCCAUAUGGUAGAUCUUAUUAACUGUAUUUACAUAUCCCUUCUAUCAAACGACCUUUGGUUCCAAUUCACAUUCCUUACCCUGUCGUUUGUUCUUGUUUAUGCGCUUGACGGAUUAGUCAUGUUUCAUUUCCAUCCGGAACUUCAGCCAAAAUUUAUGCGACGCAGACAAACAAGUAUAGCAUGUAAACCUGUGUUUACUGUUCUUUGA